UUCUAGUUUAGUAGCCACAAAGGAAGCUCUUCUUUCUUUUAUUUGUUUUUUUUUUUUAUUUGCAAUUUCUCUGUCACGAAUCAUAUAUACAAUGUCGGCUUACAGAGACGAGGAUCCCCGUCUUAAUGGCAUCAAAACUAAGAUUCGUGUUGUUCCGAAUUUCCCCAAACCUGGUAUUAUGUUCCAAGAUAUUACUACUUUGUUGCUCGAUCCCAAAGCUUUUAAGGACACAGUAGAUUUGUUCGUUGAACGAUACAAAGGCAAAAAUAUUUCUAUUGUUGCAGGAAUUGAAGCUCGAGGUUUUAUUUUUGGUCCUCCCAUUGCACUGGCAAUAGGAGCAAAGUUUGUACCAUUGAGGAAACCAAAAAAAUUGCCUGGAAAAGUUAUUUCUCAAGAGUAUAUUUUGGAAUAUGGAAGGGACUGUCUAGAGAUGCAUGUUGGAGCUGUUGAACCUGGUGAACGUGCUUUAGUGGUUGAUGAUUUGAUUGCUACUGGUGGAACACUCGGUGCAGCUAUGGACUUAUUAGAACGUGUGGGAGCAGAGAUAGUGGAGUGUGCAUGUGUAAUUGAAUUACCAGAAUUAAAGGGUCGUGAACGGUUGAAUGGGAAGCCUUUGCAUGUAUUAGUGGAAUAUACUGAGUGCUGUCAGUAGAUAAAGAUGUAGAUUUGGGAAAUGCGUCGCUGCUAUUCGGUGGGUAUUUUCCCAUUUGGAAUCCCAUAUAUUUUAGCUCCACCCAUGUGCUAUUCUUCUUUUUCUUCUUUACGGUUAUUGAAUUUGAAAGGCUGAUCAUUGAGACCCUAUGCUUUGC